AAGCGUCUUCCUUCGCGACGGUUUCCUCCCUCCACUGAUCUCUGGUCUCAUCCAAACUGCAAAACGCAUCUCAAACAUAUGAUGAACUCACUGCGACCAUUACGUGCACUCCGCCCUGUGCGAGUCCUUUCCGCAUCUCUUCCCGUAUCUGCUCGUAUCCCUGUUGGCAGAACAAGGUCCAUACUGCUAUCAAACCGUCGCCAGUACUCAACCGAAGAUCAAAAGACAACGAAUGGGGAACAAGCUAGUGCUAAACAGGGGGAACAACCAGCUCAGGAGGAACAGGCACCUGAGGUUGAUACCGCUGCCGUCCUAGCGGAAAAAGACAAGCAGAUCGCCGCACUGCAGGACAUGUACCGUCGCGCUCUCGCGGAUGCGGAGAAUGUGCGUCAACGGGCACGAAAGGAAGUUGCGGAAACAAAGGAGUUUGCCAUAAACAAGUUCGCUAAGGAGCUAUUGAGUACUGCAGAUGUAUUGGAGAUGGCGUUGAAGGCAGUCCCGGAAACAGAGCAUGGUGAAAAUGGCAACAAUCAGCACCUGAAGGAUCUUUACACAGGUGUCGCCAUGACCCGGUCGAAUCUGAUGGCCACAUUCAAACGCUUCGGUAUUGAACCAUUUGAACCCUUGGGUGAAACAUUCGACCCGAAUUUGCAUGAGGCCUUGUUCCAGGCACCUAUUCCGGGAAAGGAGCCGGGUACUGUCUUUGACGUGGCCAAGACUGGCUACAAGUUGGGAAGCCGUAUUCUAAGACCUGCUCAGGUUGGCGUAGUACAAGAUUCAUCAUAGGACUGUUUCCAUCAUAUAUCAUUAUUUAGAAGGCAUGGAUGAGGACGUGUAGAUGAGAUGUCACCAAGGGUUUGCUGUAUCGUAGUCGUAUGGUUGGUGUAGAGGGGGGUACACGUUUUCGUUCGUUGAUUCCGCUUUUUGCUGUAGUAAAUAUCACAUUUUCCGAUUGCGCAUCCUGACA